AUGAAGAGCUCUUUGCUAUUACUGUUACUCGGCUGCAGCGGAGUCCUGUCAGCUAGACCAUGCUGUACGAACAACAAAACUAUCAAGGCUCCAGGAUUUUGCGGCGACAAGACCAAACGAAUCGACUUGAACUGCACCAACGGUCGUAUGCUUCUCAAAGAUAUUAUUCUAGUGGGGAAUAAAGUCUCUACGCAGGACUCUCCUGGAUUCGUUUUUGUGGAAGAUACUAAUGUGUACUGUACUGGUGUAAUGGAUCGUAACGCAAGUGAUUCGAGUAAGGGCCAGAUGCCGGUAGCGGUGGUGUGCUUCGAGGACGUAGGCCAAUCGUACGAAAUAGAGACCGGCGGGAUUCUCACGUUGAUUUCCGUUUUCUUCCUGGCCGUCACAUUUGCUGUGUAUAUGUAUUUACCGCAAAUGAGGGACCUACAAGGCCUGUGCUAUAUGUGCAUGUGCAUCAGUAUGGCUCUAGGAUUCCUCUCGCUGGGAGUGCUUCAGCUCGGUACUCAAUUCGCAGGCGAAAUUUGCACUGUCACUGGCUUCAUGGUGUAUUUUUGGAUGAUGGCAACAUUCUUUUGGAUGAACGUAAUCAGCAUUAACAUGUAUAGGACUGUACAAGAUGCCGCCUACUUGAAGAAGACAGAAAGAAAGCAAUACUUUUGGUACAGCUGUUAUGCUUGGGGCUGCACGCUUUUGUUACUCUUCGUGUCGCUUAUAACUAAUUACGCAAAAGGAGAUCACUGGAAGCCUGGCUUCGGCCAAACUAGCUGCUGGUUUCAAGGUCGCACGGAAACUUGGAUAUUCUUUUAUGGUCCGGUCGCGGUGCUUGUGGCAGCCAACGUCAUUCUCUUUAUCAUGUCGUCUUACAACUUGUGGAUGCAGCACACAAGGAAAUACGAAGUCAGCAAGUUAAACAACCUAAAGCAUAAAUUCCUGGUUUCUCUCAAGCUGUUCCUAGUUAUGGGUAUUUCUUGGAUAUUCGAGAUCGCUAGCUUUGCACACGGACAGGCACAUAUCAUUUGGAAAAUAAUGGACAUUUUUAACUGUCUCCAAGGAGUUGUUAUAUUCCUCAUUCUGGUAGUGCUCAGAAGGAGAGCGAUGCAAGGUCUGGCCAGCGAGAACUGUUGCCUACUAAUAACUCGUCCACUAGCCGAGAAACUAAGUCCUCACGACGACGCAGACGACCAACAAAUAUUGUCCGAUGACACAGUAGAGGUUAGACUGAACUAA